CUCUUUUUUUCGGCCCAUGUGAUUCUAUCCAGCCACUACGCGAUAUAGUCUGCUGAUAGAUAUAGUUAUAGUGUCCUGACCUUCGAUUAACUAGUGUGUACGAUGACCGGCACGAACGGCCACGUCGUCAAGGACGAUGAAAAUUCGCGAUCCCAGUACAAGACAAACAUUGUCCUGGGCAACCAGCUUGAGGACCGGGAUCGAAAGAGCUUUGAGCCCAACAAGUCGAAAAAGAAGUCCAAGCAUGACGACGCAAAUGAGGAGGAGGAAGAGGAGGGCUUCAAGUACCAGGAGGAUAUCAAACAAGUGGGCUACUUCCAGAUGUUCCGCUAUGCCACCAAAAAGGAUCGCAUGCUCUACGCAAUCGGAUUGCUGGCUGCCGUGGCCACCGGUCUCACAACUCCUGCCAACAGUUUGAUCUUUGGCAAUCUGGCCAAUGACAUGAUUGACUUGGGUGAUCUUGUUCAAGGAAAGACCUACCGCGCCGACGAUGAUGCGGGCAAUUUACUUCUGGACAAAGUCCAGCAAUUCUCCCUGCAAAACACAUACAUUGGCAUCGUUAUGCUGGUGUGCUCCUAUCUAUCGAUCACCUGCUUCAACUACGCCGCCCACUCCCAGAUCCUGACCAUACGCUCAAAGUUCUUUCGCUCCAUUUUGCAUCAAGACAUGAAGUGGUAUGACUUCAACCAGAGCGGUGAAGUGGCCAGCCGAAUGAAUGAAGAUCUCUCCAAGAUGGAGGAUGGCCUGGCUGAAAAGGUGGUGAUGUUUGUCCACUACUUUGUAUCCUUCGUGGGAUCUCUGGUCUUGGCCUUCGUCAAGGGCUGGCAAUUAUCGCUGGUGUGUUUAACCAGUCUUCCACUGACCUUCAUCGCCAUGGGCCUGGUCUCAGUGGCUACUUCCCGUCUGGCCAAGAAGGAGGUGAGCAUGUAUGCCGGCGCCGCUGUAGUGGCCGAGGGUGCACUCUCCGGUAUCCGAACCGUGAAAGCCUUCGAGGGUGAAGCCAAUGAAGCAGCCGCUUACAAAGAACGCGUGGUUGCUGCCAAGUUGCUUAAUAUCAAGAGGAACAUGUUUUCCGGAAUCGGCUUCGGUCUGCUCUGGUUCUUCAUCUACGCUUCUUAUGCAUUGGCCUUCUGGUACGGAGUGGGUCUGGUGAUCAAGGGCUAUCAUGACACUUAUUAUGAAAACUACGAUGCUGGUACCAUGAUCACCGUCUUCUUCUCGGUCAUGAUGGGCUCCAUGAAUAUCGGAAUGGCGGCGCCUUACAUCGAGGCCUUUGGCAUUGCGAAGGGCGCUUGCGCGAAGGUCUUUCACAUCAUCGAACAGAUACCCACCAUCAAUCCGAUCGACGCUCAGGGUAAAAACUUGAAUCAGCCCCUUACGACCAUUGAGUUCAAGGACGUGGAGUUCCAGUAUCCCACGCGGCCGGAGAUUCCCAUUCUGAAUAGAUUGAACCUGAAGAUCCACCGAGGACAGACGGUGGCCUUGGUGGGCCCAUCCGGCUGUGGCAAGUCCACUUGCAUCCAGUUAAUCCAGCGGUUUUACGAUCCUCAAGGCGGCAGUCUCUACUUUAAUGGUUCUGAUCUGAAGGACAUCGAUAUCAACUGGCUGCGAUCGAGGAUCGGUGUGGUGGGUCAGGAGCCAGUGCUCUUCGGCACCUCCAUUUACGAGAAUAUCCGAUACGGUCGGGAAGAUGCCACCCGGGAGGAGAUCGAGGCCGCUGCUGCCGCUGCUAAUGCAGCUAUAUUUAUCAAGAAGCUGCCCAAGGGAUACGAUACCCUGGUGGGAGAGCGAGGAGCCCAGUUGUCUGGAGGUCAGAAGCAGCGCAUUGCUAUCGCUCGCGCCCUGAUCCGUGACCCCGAGAUCUUGCUCCUGGAUGAAGCUACCUCCGCCCUUGAUACAGCUAGUGAGGCCAAGGUACAGGCCGCUCUGGAGAAGGUCAGUGCUGGCCGGACCACAAUUAUUGUGGCUCACCGCUUGUCCACUGUCCGUCGGGCAGACAGGAUUGUGGUGAUUAAUAAGGGAGAGGUGGUGGAGAGUGGAACCCAUCAAGAGCUUAUGGAACGGAAGGAUCAUUACUACAAUCUGGUGACCACACAACUGGGUGACGAUGACGGCUCUGUCCUAAGUCCCACUGGUGAUAUCUACAAGAACUUUGACAUCAAGGACGAAGAUGAAGAGGAAAUUAAGGUCAUUCACGACGAAGAUGAGGAAGAGGUGGAGACAUCAACGAAGAAGGAUAAGAAAAAGAAGAAGGUCAAGGAUCCCAACGAAGUCAAGCCCAUGGCCGAAGUUAUGAAGAUGAAUAAGCCGGAGUGGUUCCAGAUUACCGUGGGCUGUAUCUCCUCCGUGAUCAUGGGCUGUGCCAUGCCCAUCUUUGCCGUGCUUUUCGGCAGCAUUCUCCAGGUCCUGUCCGUGAAGGAUAACGAUGAAUAUGUGCGCGACAACACCAACGAGUACAGCUUGUACUUCCUGAUCGCCGGUAUUGUCGUGGGCUUUGCCACCUUCCUGCAGAUCUACUUCUUUGGAAUCGCUGGCGAGCGACUAACGGAACGCAUCCGAGGACUCAUGUUUGAGACUAUGCUGCGCCAGGAGGUUGCUUGGUUUGAUGACAAGGCCAAUGGAACGGGAAGCCUCUGCGCCCGUCUCUCCGGAGAUGCGGCUGCCGUUCAGGGGGCCACUGGUCAGCGCAUUGGAACCAUCAUCCAAUCGAUCUCUACUCUCCUCUUGGGCAUCGGUCUGUCCAUGUACUACGAGUGGAGUCUGGGUCUCGUGGCUCUGGCCUUCACCCCAUUCAUCCUCAUUGCCUUCUACAUGCAGAGAACCCUGAUGGCCAAGGAGAACAUGGGCUCGGCCAAGACAAUGGAGAACUCCACAAAGUUGGCCGUCGAGGUGGUUUCAAACAUUCGCACUGUUGUGUCUCUGGGUCGCGAGGAAAUGUUCCAUCAGACCUACAUUGGCAUGCUGAUUCCAGCUGUUGAGAUAUCCAAGAAGAACACUCACUUCCGUGGAUUGGUGUAUGGUCUGGCUCGUUCCCUGAUGUUCUUCGCCUAUGCCGCCUGCAUGUACUACGGAACAUGGUGUGUGAUCAACCGUGGAAUCGAGUUCGGAGAUGUCUUCAAGGUAUCUCAAGCUUUGAUCAUGGGCACUGCUUCCAUUGCCAACGCCUUGGCCUUUGCUCCCAACAUGCAGAAGGGUGUGUCGGCGGCCAAGACAAUCUUCACGUUUCUGCGUCGCCAGCCGAAGGUCGUGGAUAGGCCUGGAGUGUCCCCGGCGCCGUGGCACUGCGAGGGUAAUGUCCGUUACGACAAGGUUGAGUUCAGCUAUCCCACGCGUCACGAGAUGCAGGUGCUCAAGGGCCUCAGUCUGGCCGUGGCCAAGGGCCAGAAGGUGGCGCUGGUUGGUCCUUCGGGUUGUGGCAAGUCCACUUGCAUUCAGCUCAUACAGCGUUUCUACGACGUGGACGAGGGUGCAACUCUUAUCGAUGAGCGCGAUAUACGCGACGUUACGAUGAGAAAUCUUCGCAACCAGCUGGGCAUUGUAUCCCAGGAACCCAUCCUCUUCGAUCGCACCAUCAGGGAGAACAUAGCCUAUGGCGACAACUCGAGGACUGUGACCGAUCAGGAGAUCAUCACCGCCUGCAAAAAGUCAAAUAUCCAUGAAUUCAUCGCUAACCUGCCACUGGGCUAUGACACAAGAAUGGGCGAAAAGGGUGCCCAGCUGUCCGGAGGUCAGAAGCAGCGCGUUGCCAUUGCCCGAGCUCUCAUCCGGAAUCCCAAGAUCAUGCUGCUCGACGAGGCCACCUCCGCCUUGGACGCUGAAAGUGAAAAGGUUGUCCAAGAUGCCCUCGAUGCCGCCUCCGAGGGUCGCACCACCAUCAGCAUAGCCCACAGACUGUCCACCAUUGUCCACUCGGACGUGAUCUUUGUGUUCGAGAACGGAGUCGUGUGUGAAACCGGUGAUCACAAGCAACUGCUCGCGAAUCGCGGACUCUACUACACGCUCUACAAGCUGCAGAGCGGAGCCAUGUAGGACCCAUCAUCACAUCAUCAUCUUAGCCUAGAUCUAGCCAAUCAUGUAGCUUAGUGAAUUGCGAACAAUGACACUAUCUAGUAUUCUGAACAAUAGUCCAUAGUUUUUAGUUAAUUUAGGAAUAUUUAAGUAUUUAAUAUCUCGAGGAAU